CUAUGUUGCCUCGCUUGGCAACUUCGGCUGUGGCUACUUCGGAUCCGCUUGGCGAGUUGGCCAAAACAAAGCCAGUGCGUUGCUGUUGCUGCUGCGUAUCGGACGUGUUCGGUAGGCCAGACUUGCGUCAUCCGUGAUUUGGGCCAUAACAAAAACAAGUUUACGAAACUUACGUCGUCAUCCCGUUCUUUUCCGCGCGCGUAAACCAAGUCCAAAAAGAGAAGCGAAACAAAAAGGCUGGCUAAAGAAAAUUGCAAUAAAACAAUACCGAAAGCAAAAACCCAUCGCCACCGCCAUAGCCAUCGCCAUCAGCAUUAUCAGCGCGCAUAAUGGAAAUGGCGCCCCUAACAAUCAUGUAAAAUUGGUGUAAAAUGCAGACGAGAUGGAGACCCGGAAUGAAGGAAAUGGAAGUCGUGCGAAAGGCAAUAACACAUCAAAUUGGUAUUAGAAGUUGUUACUUCGACGCCCCACGCUAGCUACAUUUAUAUAUUAAAAGGGGGCGGCAGUAGGGCGUGGCCACGGUGAUACAAAUUGCAGGAGCAGGAUCCGUAACAUUUCGCCUGCCUGCCGCUGGUUGCAACAUAAAAGUCAAUUAAUGUACAAUUACAACAACGUCAGGAACACCAGCAACAGGAGAAGCCACGAGCUCCAAAAGGCACAGAAAGCACAGAAAUAGGAGAAAGUGGGGUGCUGAGGAGGAGCAGAAAUUACUGCAAAUUACACGCAACGAGUCCUGAAAGCUGCGGUCCAAGUUGGAGCAAGAUCCGGAAGCCGAGUGGACCGAAGAGGAGGAGUCGGUGUACCAGAACCUAGAGCUGGUCCCAUCAACGCCACCACAGCCUCCCAGUCGCCAUCCCCAACCCCAUUCCCAUUCCCAUUCCCAAUCCCGUUCCCAUCACCAUCAUCGCCAUCAGCCACUCCACUGCCAUCUAUUGUCCAGCGGUGGCGGCGACAACAACAGCGAUAGCGAAAGGGACGACGAAGGCGGCGGCAACAAAAUGACUUUCGUUAACAAGCUGAGCAAAAGCUUCCGCUGGCUGCGCUGCUCGACAUUGUGCGCAAUUUUGUUUUAUAUGUUCUUCAUUGGCCUGAUCCUGCACAGCACCAGCCAGAAGCUGCAGCAGCAGCUGAAGGAGCAGGGAACCAGCAGCAGCAGCAGCAGCAGUAGCAGCAGCAGCAGCAGCAGCAGUAGCAGUAGCACGCAGGCAGACACAAAAAUGGCGCCCAACGUGGGGCAUAAUGGCGCCCAGCGUUGGCCAAAUUCGCUGCAGGAACUGGAGAAGCAGCAACAAAAACACGAGCAAAAGCUGAGGCUCCAGCCUGUGGCAAACAAUUUGGAUUCUGGGAACGAGAAUAACCAGCCGCAGCACCAGUCCCAUCCCCAUCUGCAAAAAGUGCAAAAUGCCAGCAAAUCCCCUAACCAGCCAGAAACAGUUAUUUUAGCGGCCAGCAAUGUGAAUGAGAAGCAAAUACUGGCAAAAGCUUUCAAACGUGCCGAUCGAAGUCGAGAUGGCAUUGUAUCAAUCCAGGAACUGGGGCAGUACAUAAACCGCCGGAUUGUAGAGCACAUAGAUGAGGCGAUUAUGAACAAUGCCCGGGAGUUCCGACGCGUGGAUAUUGGUCCUGCGGAUGGUCUGAUCACCUGGGACGAGUACCAUCGGUUCUUCCUCAGGGAGCACGGCAUGACGGAGGCGGACAUCGAUGAGCACAGCGAGAUUCGCCACACGGCGCUGAAUCGUAGGGCCAGGGAGGAUAUGAUGAGGGACAAGGCCCGGUGGUCGGAGGCAGCUCGAACCGAUCUGUUCACACUGACCAUCGAUGAAUACCUGAGUUUCCGCCACCCCGAGUCCAGCGUAUCCAAUCUUUUGGAGCUGGUCGAUGAUCUGCUGCGCCAAUUCGAUCAGGAUGGAGACGACCAGCUGACUCUGGAGGAAUUCUCCGAUCUGAAUGUGGACGAUGACGACGAUCUGAUGCGGAAAUCUCUGAUAUCCAAGACAUUGGUGGAGCGACGGGAGGAAUUCAAGCGAAUCAUCGAUAAGAACCACGACGGCAAGGCCGAUCGGGGUGAGCUUCUGAACUAUGUGAACCCGAAGACUCCGCGGUAUGCCCUCCAGGAGGCGGCCACUUUGUUCAGCCUGUGCGACGAGAACAAGGAUGAGCUGCUGACCCUCAAGGAGAUGACUGACCAUGCUGAGAUAUUUCUGCAAUCCAAGAUGAUCGACACGGCGAACAGUUUUCACACAGAGUUUUAGCUUAAUCACUAAACCUUUACCCCUUUAAGCAUUUAUAGUGAUAUUAAUUUGUAAGUUCUGGCACCUAAAACAGCUAGUUUAGUAGCAAAGCGUAAUUUUGUUAAUACUUUCUUUGAACCACUUAGAUCAAAUGUAAAGCAUGAGAAAGAAAAUCAUUUCCUGUGUGAUUUUUCAAUAAUUAGCGUUUAAGGAUGCAAAGCAAACCAUAUUUGACACAAAUACUCCGAAUAAAUAUACGUAAUU